AUGGCACAAUAUGAAUUGGUGGAUAUUGGAGCCAAUUUAGGACAUCCAUCGUAUAAAGAUGAUUUUGCGGCAGUUUUAGAUCGAGCAAAAGAAGCUGGACUUGUCAAAAUUAUGGUGACAGGAACAAGUGAAGAAAUUAGUAAACAAUGUGAAACACUUGUCGCACCGUAUUCUGGAUUCUUAUAUUUUACUGCUGGUAUGGUUUUUUUUUUGAAAAGUUUUCAGAUAUAAAAUCAAUUCAAAAAUUACGGUUUUUGAGGUGUUCAUCCACAUGAUGCAAAAGAUUGGAACUCUACAACAACUCUCCAAACAAUUCGAAAUCUUCAACAAAAUCCAGCUUGCGUUGCUGUCGGAGAAUGUGGUUUGGAUUUCAAUCGAAAUUUUUCUCCACAAGAUGUUCAACGGGAUGUUUUUCGAAAACAAGUCGAAUUAGCUGUUGAACUUCGGAAACCUUUAUUUAUUCAUGAACGAGAAGCGCAUAAAGAUAUGGUUGAGAUUUUGGGAGCAUUUGGUGAUAAGUUAGUUUUUUCUUCUUUACUUUGGAAAAGUAAAAAAAAAUGAAAUUUCAGAUUACCUCCAGCAGUAAUUCAUUGUUUCACAGGAACUGUUGAAGAAGCCAAAAAAUAUCUUGAAAUGGGACUUUAUAUUGGAUUAA